AUGCGCACCCCUGCCUUAAAUCGGUUGACUUUAUCUGGGGUUAGCAGUAACUUGGUAGGAUUGGGACACCACUUUGAUACCUUGUGGACUGUAUGGAUGUAUGUGAGCAGCAGCUUGGUUCGCUUUGCCCCGGCGCACGAGCCGACCAAAGUGGUGGGCUACCUAUGGUCUAUGUGGGGGGACGCUGGAGUAGACAGGAAUGUCACGGAAAAGGAACGAACGGCUCUGGACGAAUGGUUGCUGGUUAUGGUGUAG